AUGGCGGGGAUUUUUCCGAAAGUGAUGACUGAUAAACUCAGCUUAGACCCAAGGUUUGCUCCGAUAAAGCAGAAGAGGAGACCCAUAGCUAAAUACAAGAAUAGGUUUGUUAAAGAAGAGGAAACAUUUGAGGUGCUCAAGAGGUUCAACAUAGAGUUGAAUCCGGAGAAAUGUGCUUUUGGUGUUGGCUCAGAAAAAUUUCUAGGAUUCCUGGUGUCAAACCGUGGAAUUAAGGUCAACCCGGAUAAAAUAAAGGCUAUAGAGGAAAUCUUGGAGGUGUUGGAAGAUGUAAAGGCAGUACAAAAGUUAACCGAAAAAUUGGCAGCAUUAAGCCGUUUUAUUUCUCGUUCCUCUGAAAAAAGUCAUCAAUUUUUCUCGCUGUUAAAAAGGAAAAAAGAUUUCAAGUGGAUGCCAAAAUCUCAGCAAUCUUUAAGGGACUUGAAGAAAUAUCUUUCAAAUGUAUCCUUGUUGUCUAAACCACUGGAGGGUGAGCAGCUCCUUGUGUAUUUGGUCGUGUCCAAAGUGGCGGAAAAUAAGGCGUUACUUUCAAUGUCAUCCUAUUUCUAUCGUAACAACUUAUCCAUUAAGGAAUAUGUUGCUAAACCUGAACUCUUAGGUAGGUUAGCAAACCCUAAAAUGGUACCUGAGGUUGAAGGAGAAUUUAUAAUUUCUUCUGAGGCAUUACCCGGGGUCUGGACCUUGUUUAUAUAUGGGGCAACUAGCGUAAAGUGGAUGCAGAAGUAUUUAGAUAAAGUUCAAAUACUGUUAUGCCGUUUCAAGGAAUGGACCAUGGAGUAUAUUUUGCGAGAGCAAAAUUUUAAAGCUGAUGCCCUAGCAAAUUUGAGAUCAUCGACUGACGCCGAAAGAAUCAGCUCGAAAAAAGUUGUGCUGUUGUUAAAUUCGGCAUUAGAUCUAUCACGCCCCAAACUGGAGGGGUGA